CAUGUACAACAUUUCCUACACGUUGUUCACUACGAUGGCUAUUGCGACAGUCCUCCUCGUCGGGUCGGUUACCAGUCUCCUGACAGGAGGCAACAAAACGCCAGCUGACCCCGACUGUCUUAUCCAUCUGAAGGACAUCCAGUGUUGGUGUAUGCCGGACUCACUGAGAGCCGCGCCCAGACCUUCCACCACAUGCUCAGGGAACUACGAACUGAGCCCUGUCGAGGAUGACACUGUGGGUGGUGAAGACCUUGUGGAGACAGAUCCUACACGUCCCAUCAGUACCAAUGAAGCUGUACUUGCAGGGUCCAGUUUUUUAUAACCACUGGACUAAACACCUGCC